AUGGCGGAGUCAGAAGAGGGGACUGUGUAUUUCGUGGUGAAUAAUAUCCCCCCCGGUUUCAGAUCCGCUGAUCUGAGGAGCUAUUUCAGUCAGUUUAUCGAGAGCGGGGGGUUUCUAUGCUUUCAUUAUCGACACAGACCGGAGGUCCGAAUCCACCCGGCGGAGUCCGGAGAACCAAAACAACAGAACCAGAGCAGAGAGUCUGACCGCUCAGCCCUCUCAGCCCUGCCCGCUGCGGAGGGAGGCGAGCUGGGCCCGGAGAGUGCAGCGGCCCCGGGCGGCAGGAGGGCGGAGAGCUGCUGCUGCGUUGUGCUGGUGCGGAGCUCCGACUCGGAGCGCUUUGUGAAGAUGUACUCCGGAAACCAGUGGAUCGACUCUAAAGGGAACUGGACGCUGAAGCGCUGCGUUCUGCGCAGGAUCAAAGUGUCUGAGCACUCAGAUCCUGACGUCUUUCCCUAUAGAACGAAGGCUGAACUGAGGCGUCGUGCGACGCACUCGGACCGCUUCACUAAAGUGGACCUGAAGGCUCUUCCGGAGCUGAACCCCCCCGCUCUGAUGCCCGCGGGGAACGUGGGGACCCCCGUAAGUGUGUUCCUGCAGCUCAUCCAGUCCUGCCGUCUGCCCCCCCGACUCAUCCGCAAACUGGGCCUCACCUUCCCCAAAACCGGCUCUCACCGUCGCUACGGCAACGUGCCCUAUCAGUACCACAACAGCAGCCUGGUGGCCGCGAGCGAGGAGAGCGUGUUUACAGCGGGAGGGGUGGAGAUCAGCGGGCCUGGGAGGGUCCCACCACCGAGGACCACCACUACAGCCGAACCACAACCGUCCAACAAACCUCCAAUCACAGAGCAGACAGCAGAGGCUGAGAGUGAGGAGGACCAAUCAGGACCUGAUGAUGACGAUGACCGCUGUGAAGAAUGGGAACGGCACGAGGCUCUUCACGAGGACGUGACGAGUCAGGAGCGCACUAAAGAGCGGCUGUAUGAGGAGGAGAUCGAGCUGAAGUGGGAGAAAGGAGGAUCAGGGCUGGUCUUCUACACAGACGCUCAGUACUGGCAGGAGGAGGAGGGAGAUUUUGACGAGCAGACGGCCGACGACUGGGACGUGGACAUGAGCGUCUACUACGACAAAGACGGAGGCGACAUGGACUCCAGAGAUUACGUACGCAUGCGGUACGAAAAGAGACUGAGGGAAGGUCUGGAGGAGACGUCCAGCCAAAAAAUCGGAACCUUUGAGAAGUUUACUAAAGGUGUUGGCCGGCGUGUGAUGGAAAAGCAGGGCUGGAGGGAUGGAGAGGGACUCGGACACGCUCGAUCUGGGAUGCCUGAGGCUUUAGAGAACGAGGGACAGAACCCCAACUGUAAGAGAGGAUUUGGGUAUCACGGAGAGAAGCUCAGCUCAUUCCUGCCACUUAAAAGGCCGCGGCCAGAUUUUCACAUAUCCACUAUUUAUGACCAGCCCAAAGACAUUGACCAAGGGGACAGUCUGCUGAGACGCCAGCCAAGCACCAGCAUGAAGUACACAGACUGGAGGCCAGGGGGCAGCAAUGAGCCCAGCAGCUGACCAUACAGUCACUGAUGAUCAUUCACUACUUCACUAAUUUUGUAGUGAGAGCGUGACGGGUGUUUUAUAAACUGACCUCAAAAAGACCUCGUAUUUUUACAGGAAGUCCUGUGUUUAAACUCUAAAAACAAAUCCUUUGUCUUAAAGGGUUUAAAAUUAUUUCUUAUUGUUUUCAAAUGUUUUUCAAAACCGUUUCCUUCACUGCACAUGGUUUUAUUAAAGCUUGUAAACAGAAACAGC